AGCUUUUGACCUUGUCCGAGAGAUAACCCUCACAAACUCCAUCUCCUCCUCCGCUUCCCUCGCCUCUUCCGCGCCAUGAUGCAGCAGCCACCUCCAGCCGCUAACGGUGCCGUCGCCGCAGGGCCAGGAGAUCAGCAAGCUUACCACCACCAGCAAUCGUGGAUGAUGCAGCCCCACCAAGCUCAGCCACCAGCAGGAUGGAAUCCUCAAUCAGCGCCGUCUCUAGGUCAACCACUACAGCAUCCGCAAUACAGCGGUGGAUCUCAAACUCCAGGAUCAGGAGACGAGAUCCGCUCCUUGUGGAUCGGAGACUUGCAGCCGUGGAUGGACGAAAACUACCUCGUGAACAGCUUCUCCAUCACCGGAGAGGUUCAACAAGCCAAAGUCAUCCGCAACAAGCAGAGUGGAUACUCCGAAGGCUACGGCUUUAUCGAGUUUGUGAGCCACGCUGCAGCCGAGAGGAUUCUCCAGACUUACAACGGUGCUCUAAUGCCCAACAGUGAGCAGACCUUCAAGCUGAACUGGGCUGGUGAGAGGCGCCAGUCCGAAGGGCCUGAGCACACUGUUUUCGUUGGAGAUUUGGCGCCUGAUGUUACGGACUACAUGCUUACCGAGACGUUCAAGAAUGUGUAUUCAUCUGUCAAGGGCGCUAAGGUUGUGAUUGAUAGGACUACCGGGCGGUCCAAGGGGUACGGGUUUGUUAGAUUCGGGGAUGAGAGUGAGCAGAUGAGGGCUAUGACUGAGAUGAAUGGUCAGUAUUGCUCGUCUAGGCCUAUGCGUACUGGCCCGGCUGCUAACAAGAAGCCUCUUACAAUGCAGCAACCAGGUGGAUAUCAGAACCCACAAGGAAAUGCCGGAGAAAGUGAUCUAACUAACACAACAAUUUUUGUUGGAGCGUUGGAUGAAAGUGUGACAGAAGAUGUUUUGAAGUCAGUUUUUGGUCAAUUUGGUGAACUCGUUCAUGUUAAAAUACCAGCAGGAAAACGUUGCGGAUUUGUUCAGUAUGCUAAUAGGGCAUGUGCAGAGCAAGGACUCAACGCCUUGAAUGGAACACAACUUGGCGGUCAAAGCAUUCGUCUUUCAUGGGGUCGCACUACUUCCAACAAGCAGACUCAGCCUGAUCAAGCACAGUACGGUGGUGGUGGUGGAUACUAUGGGUAUCCUCCUCAGGGAUACGAAGGUUACGGAUAUGCACCUCCUCCUCAGGACCCUAACGCCUACUAUGGUGGCUACCCUGGUGCCGGCUAUGGAAACUACCAGCAGCCUGGUGGUGGCUACCAGCAGCCUGGUGGUGGCUACCAGCAGCAACAGCAGUGAAGCAUGAUGUGAAUGUCGUGGUCGAGCUGAAGUACUUGAAAGCUGUCUGUGAUGGUGAAUGAAUGAUUGAAGUCGACGUGCAUUAGCUAUUAUUAUUCUCUCUACAACUCUUCUUUUCUUUUCCUUUGUUUUCUCUCGCGUGACAAUUGUUGAGUGCCCUCCUUGAAGUCGUAUACAAAAGAGGCUUUAACUGAAAUGCUUUUUGUUUGUCAUUUGACUAUUACAUUUCUCUUUGUUGUUUCAGAACUUUUCUUUUGCAUCCCUAAUUCAACAGAUUCUAAAAGGGCACAA